AUGCCUGGUGUGGUAGCCGGAAGGACGGGGUUGCGGGAUUCAUAUAGGCCACCGAAACGGAGAAGGGCAAGUAUGUUGGUCUCUACGUAUAACGUUCGUACGCUUGCAGCGGAUGCGGUCAUUGAAGAUUUGAUGAUGCGAACUAGUAUGAUUAGGUAUGACGUCAUUGGACUGACCGAGACGAGACGACAUCAUCCACUGAACGUCGUAUAUGACGUUAGAGAAGAAAUGUUCUUAGGUGCAUUUCUUUUACGAAAAGCUACGAAGGAGUCGAAGCUUUCUAUUGCACCCGAAAAGUUCUACAGAGAAGACCAUAAUUUCUACAAGAUCAUUGUUGGUGAUUUUAACGCCAAAAUUGCUGAGGAACUUUACAUCUGGACCCACAGCCUACAAUGGAAUGAACAGAGAGACAGGCUCUCCGAGUAUCAUGAAGACUAA